ACUUAAAAUCAGUGUCUCAAGUCUGUGCAGUUCUGUUUAGUCAAGACUAUUAAUAUAGUCCUCUUCUAGGCACAAAAGCUGAGUGAAAAAAGGGUGACUCAAAAAACUAGAAAGGGAAAGUAACCAAUGAGCAGAGAGAGGGGUGGUGCCAGGUAUGCAUAAAUAAAACAGGUGUGACAGGUGACAGGAGUGCAAGGGCAAACAAUGGCAGAGUAGGGAAAAGACUUAAGCAGGAUCUUUCAGGUGGGACUCUUGAGAAGGAGAGAGCAAGACCAAGAGUCUGUACCUAAAGAAGACAAUAGAAAAGAAACAGAAGAAAGCAAUCUAUCGCUCCUGGAACUGCCUGAUUCUGAAUUCUGAUUGGAUCACCUUAUGAAGCAUUCAUCAUGACAUCAUAUGAGCAAGGUCAGUCUCCUACUCGCUGUGGCCCCCAGUUCCCCAACUUGGGGCAGGAGCCUCCAGAGCUUAGCCUGUACAGCGACAGCUACUACCCUCCUCCAUCACUGCCGAGUCCGCAGAGGAACAACCCCUCUUCGUAUGACCUUGGAGAGUAUGCGACGGCAUCGCCUAACCCCUAUCUGUGGUUCAGCGGCACUGGGAUUAACAGUACCCCAUACCCAGUACCGACUUCCGCGAGUCCUUCCUUUGUGCCCCAGCACUACGGCAUGCAGAGACCCUACCUUGGGCCUGGAGUUCCUGCAGGAGCUGGCGGGGAACUGAGCUGGUUCUCCAUGCCCUCGCAAGAAGACCUCAUGAAGCUGGUGAGGCCACCCUACUCCUAUUCAGCUCUCAUUGCGAUGGCGAUCCACGGUGCUCCAGAUCGGCGUCUCACUCUGAGCCAAAUCUACCAGUAUGUGGCUGAUAACUUUCCUUUCUACAACAAAAGCAAGGCUGGCUGGCAGAACUCCAUUCGCCACAACCUGUCGCUGAACGACUGCUUCAAGAAGGUUCCCAGGGAUGAGGACGAUCCUGGCAAGGGCAACUAUUGGACCCUCGACCCAAACUGUGAGAAGAUGUUCGACAAUGGCAACUUCAGGCGCAAGAGGAAGAGAAAGUCUGACAGUCUUGUUGGAGAAGGCUCUUCUGGAGGACCUCUCAGCUCAGUAGAGUCAGGAGACGGCAGUGGCCGAGUUAGCCCCAAGAACUCAACCAUUGACAUUUCAGGGUCACCUGAGAAAGGCCUUUCGCCUCCAUCCACAGGUCCUUCACCUUGUCUGAGCAACUUCUUGACGGAGAUGACUGGAGUGGCAGCAGGGUCAGUGGACGUUGGCGGGGAUCCCCUACUUAACAGGUCGCUUUCUCUUGGGCUUUCGGUGGAUGGAACACAGUCGGCUCCCCAUUCCACUGGCUUUGGGUCCUACUCCCCCGGUUCCUCGGUUCCUGACUGGGCUUCUCCCCUACCACCACCUCCUCCCAUCUCCCCCUCAGGCUCCCAUUCCUCUUUAAGCUACAGCAGCAGCCCUGCUCUCAACCAGUUCAGUGGCCACUUCUACCCUGGCUUGAGCUCGACGGGAAUUCUGUACCCUAGAGAGGGUACAGAAGUUUAAGAACUUGGGUGGGAGUCACAACAGACACAAUAGACAAAAUAAACAAAAAAGACACAAACGUGCUUCAUGACUUUGUGAUUUUGUGACUUUGUGACAAAUUCCAGGCAAAUCCUGGUCUAAGCUAAAAAAAUAAAAAACAGUGGACAGUUCUGGAUGAAUUCUGAGACGGCCCCGAUGAUGGUGAGUGCGAGAUUAAAACAGGUUCCCACAGGAACAGCCGACUCAGCACGUGAUAACGCUCCCCAGCGCUCCACACAGGCUCCUGACACCAGCAGCUCUAACGUGAGGCCUGCUGCUGACAUCAUGCCAUUCCAGCUAUCUCUCUCCACUGAUCGCACUCGAUCGUAUUACCUGAGACUGUGAGCACCUGUAGUAAAACUGAACGUGGCUUAAAAAAAGGCUUCAGCUGGCAGAGUAAGCUUGCAGAAACUGCCUGCGAUGCAACACUCGACUACAAUCUACAAAAAAAAACUGUAAUAUGAUCCUGUAAUUUUUGUGUGUCUGUUUAAUGGGAAGCGGUGAUGUAUUUGUACUUGUAAGGGUGAGAAUGAACGACGAGCAGAAUUUUAUCUGAUGUAUGACUCAUGAUUUUGUAAAAUAAAGGAUUGUAUAAAGAAAACAUACUGUGUUAAAUGAAAUUAUAACCACAGCAAAAUAUUUUUUUAAA